AUGUCGUUCUCCAAUCCUCGGGAGUCGGUCUUCAACCAGCCUAAGCCGGUAGUCCAUCUACAUUCGGAUCUGUUGGACGCCAUCACGAAGGGUGUCGAGCCAUAUCCUAUUCCGGAGGGAAAGAAAUACCAAUAUGGCACUGCAGGGUUCCGCAUGAAAGCUAACGCUGGACUCGACCAUGUCAUAUACACUGUUGGCCUCAUUGCGGCGGCUCGUUCCAAGAAGCGCAAUGCGACCAUCGGAAUCAUGAUCACUGCCAGUCACAACCCGGCCGACGACAAUGGGGUCAAGUUGGUUGAUCCUAUGGGAGACAUGCUCGAGCAAUCCUGGGAAGGCCUGGCCACUACCCUGGCAAACACGCCCAAUGACAAAUUGGCAAAGGCGUACGAAGACUUGGUCAAUGAAACGCUGGUGGAUGAGAUCCGACAACUGCAUGAGCGACCUGCCAAGGUGGUCUUCGCCCGUGAUACUCGUGCCUCAGGUCCGUACCUGGUCACGGCGUUGAAGGCUGCGCUGGAUGCAGUCAAGGUCGAGUACACCGACUAUGGUUUGUUGACCACUCCGCAACUUCACUAUAUCGUCCGUUGCAUCAACACUCUCAACACCCCGUAUGCCUUCGGUGAACCGACCGAGAAGGGUUACUAUGAGAAAAUGACCAAUGCCUUCAAGACGAUCAUGCAUGGGCGAACCAUUCAGGGUCCUAUCACGGUCGAUUGUGCCAAUGGUGUCGGGGCUCCGAAAUUGAAGGAGCUGAUCAAAUACCUCCCCAGCGGCAAAGAAGGCGGCAUCGACAUCAAAGUGGUCAACGAUGACGUGGUCAGACCCGAGGCUUUGAACCUUGACUGCGGUGCGGACUAUGUCAAAACCAAACAGCGAGCUCCUCCUAGUUCAACGGCCAAACCGGGUGACCGUUGUUGCUCUCUAGACGGCGAUGCGGAUCGUGUUGUCUACUAUUAUACCGACGAGUCGAACACAUUCCACUUGCUGGAUGGAGAUCGCAUCGCAACGCUCGGGGCGGUCUUCUUGGCCGACAUGACUCGUGUUGCCGGUGUGGACCAGAAACUCAGGAUCGGCAUUGUCCAGACAGCUUAUGCCAACGGAGCGGCGACCGAGUAUGUCGAGAAAGUGUUGAAGCUACCCGUCACAAUCACCCCUACUGGCGUGAAACAUCUCCAUCACGCCGCUGCCAGAUACGAUAUUGGCGUCUACUUCGAGGCCAAUGGUCAUGGAACGGUCCUUUUCUCCGACAACGCCAUCAAGACCAUUAAAGAGGCAGUGCCCAGAUCUCCUGGUCAGAAACAUGCUCUCGAAUCCCUCCGGGCUUGCAUUGACCUGAUCAAUCAAGCUGUGGGAGACGCGAUUUCGGACAUGCUUUUUGCAGAAGUGGUCCUAGCGCACAAGUCGUGGACUCUGGAGAACUGGCGAAACACAUACAUCGACCUCCCCAACCGUCUCGUUGCAGUUGCCGUGCACGAUCGAUCGGUAUUCAAGGCCACCGACGCCGAGCGGAGACUGGAAUCUCCUAAGGGGGCUCAGGAAGAGAUCGACCGCUGCUGUCAGAUGUAUGUCAAAGGCCGGGCUUUUGCUCGAGCAUCCGGAACAGAAGACGUGGUGCGUGUCUACGCGGAAGCCCAUUCCAAGACCGAGGCGGAAAAGCUGGCUGCGCAGGUUGCAGAGAUCAUCAAGAAAUAUGGUUCAGCAUGA